CUCUUAGCGCGCUCGUGAACUGCACAGCUGGUCGCGCGCUCCUGCCAGUGUCUCGCGCUUCUUCAUUCACACACUGAACUCGGCGCGAGCAGAGAGCAGCGAGGAGGCGGGAGUCGCUCAAUCUCCCUCAUUGAGGAGAAGAGUUUACUAAAGGAGCAGUUUAAACUAGCUCUCAUCCGGUGUGGAGAAGAUUUUACAGUUUCUGUCGGGUUUCGUUAGACUUAAACCGAGAGCUGCCUCCGAAACUUAACGGAGUCGCACAGUUUUGCUCGCGUCCGUUUCUUUUCAGUCAGUUUUUAGCUCGUUGGAGUUUUUGCCGCUGUCUUCAGUUUUACUAGAUUUUAUUCAGAGGCUGACAGAUUUACUGUUCCUGUCGCGUUUGUUCACUUAGCGGAGUAUUUUUUGCCGGGUCGGCUAUUUUAGUGGAUCUAAUCUGUGUGAUGUUUACUGUGUGGAAACUUAAACUUGUCACGUGGCUUUUUCAGUUUUGAGUGAUCUUAUUAUCCGUGGAUUUUCACAGGUGAAUAACUCUGAACAGCUGUUCCCCAUCAGUUUUCCCUCUUCAAUGGUUUGACUAGGAGAUCCUCCACGGACAGUAGUCGUUUUAAAACUUAUACUUUCUGAGUGUUUCCAUUUGCAAACAUGGAUAAAUACGACGAUUUGGGACUUGAGGCGAGUAAAUUCAUCGAGGACUUGAACAUGUAUGAAGCAUCGAAGGAUGGCUUAUUUCGCGUGAAGAGAGAUGCAGGAAACAACCCGGAUUUUGAAGAAACGAGGAGAGUUUUUGCCUCAAAAAUGACCAAAAUACACAUGCAAAAGCAGCAAGAGGAGAUGGCAAGAAGCGAAAGUUUGCCAGCAAGGAUCAAUGGAAGUAAUUCAAAAGUGUCAGAUAACACAUUUAACACCAAAGACAGACCACCCAUCAAUAGUUAUAGACAGGGGGGUGAAGCAGCAGCCAAACCACCCAUCAUGUCUGGACCAAUGGUUGGCACCGCCAAUGUGACUCAAUACAUAUCUUAUGAAGGACAAAAACAUCAUUCAGCCGGCUUACACGAAGGAUCCAGCAGCAGGGGUUAUGACAGUAAGGAGACUGGAAAUGCUGUUAACCCGGUACCAGUGCCAGCCCGGGCAUCACCCUCAACCAGCCCCCCUGGCACAUGGGCGUCAAGAAGCGGUUACCCCUCUCAGGUGCCAUCAUCUCCUUUCUCGAACAGUUCUAGCUCACAUGGAGCUCAUUCUCCAGUGUCCCAGGGCUUCUCUCAAACCUUUGCCCCAUCAGGGAAGUCUCCCUCACAGUCACCCACAGGAACAUAUAGGGAUUCAUAUCACCAGGCUCUUCAAGUUAGCCCUGGCCAACCCAUCUCUGCCCAGUGGUCUGCCAGUGGACCAACAUACCAGAACGGGGCAGCUCAUAACAUUGGCACCCCCUCCCUUACCCAGGUGACCCCACCUCCACUGUCCCAUGGAGGGAAGCAAGGUGAGCCACUUCAACCCAGUAACCCAACAACGGCUGUUUCCACACCGGCGGCCCCUGUUGAGUCGUCCCGUGAUGAGUCUUCCAGCCCUUCUCGGGCACUCAAACUGCCAUGCCAGACCCUCCAAGUACAGACAGAUCAGGGGCCAUCUGCGGCUGAAAUAAAAUUAGAAGCUCUAACUGAACGGCUGGAAAAGGAGAUGGACGUCCAGCCAAAGGCUGAGUACUUUGGAAGUUGUGUGAAGUGCAACAAGGCUGUUUAUGGAGCCAGUCAGGCGUGUCAGGCCAUGGGCAGCCUGUACCAUGACAGCUGCUUCACCUGUAGCGCGUGCAGUCGAAAGCUCCGGGGAAAAGCCUUUUACUACGUCUGUGGGAAAGUCUUUUGUGAAGAGGACUUCCUGUACUCUGGGUUCCAGCAGUCUGCCGACAAAUGCAACGUGUGUGGUCAUUUAAUCAUGGACAUGAUCCUGCAGGCGCUGGGAAAGUCUUACCACCCAGGCUGCUUCCGCUGUGCCAUCUGUAAUGAGAGUUUGGACGGAGUGCCUUUCACUGUGGACACAGAGAAUAAGAUCUACUGUGUGAAGGACUACCACAGAGUUCUAGCACCUAAAUGUGCAGCAUGUAAUCAGCCGAUCCUGCCCUCUGAGGGAUCGGAUGAAACCAUUCGAGUGGUCUCCAUGGACAAGGACUACCACGUGGAGUGCUAUCACUGUGAGGACUGUCACAUGGAGUUGAAUGACGAGGAGGGUCACCGCUGCUAUCCUCUGGACGGACACCUGCUCUGUCACGCAUGUCACCUCAAACACAUCGACCCUGCCGCCCCUCUGUCUGCAGCAAACAGCUACCACAGUCAGUUUUAAGGAUCUGCCACCCCCUUGUGGGAGUUCAGAGACAUCAUCGUCAUCAUUUGCCAAAGACGCUCAGCUAUUGCAUUGCCAAAAAUCACAGCUGAGAUUGAGAUUACAGAAAGUAAUUUAGCCUUGCUUGUAUAAUACAAAUGCUGUAAACAAUGAGCCACUGACUUAUGCAGACUGCUACAGAUUUUUGUAAAUAGGGCAACCAUUACAUAUAUUACAAAACUUUGCAAACCUUUUUCUGAAUUUCUUCAAAGGCAUCCAAUAGUAUAUAAACAUUAAUUUAAGUCUUUUUUAAAAGGUGUGCUCAGUAAUUGUUUUUAUUCUCUUGUGCUGGCUGAUAUUCUUGAAGUUAUACUAAUACCAAGCAAAGUAGACGCUGCAUCAUAAAAAAGCUAUUUUUUUUGUUUACUGAUGCCGUUGUGAACAUUAUUUCAAAAGCUUAUUUGGAUGCUUGUGUAAGCGCAUCAAGCAUAAACCAACCAAUGCAGCCUCACUUGAAUUUUUAUUUAAUAAAAAUUACACUUUUCUAUAUCUAUUAUUCUGAAUACCUUUGAAAUUAUUUUUAUCAGAUCGCUGCACAGAAUUCAGCAGUACACCACAACUGUUAAACUUGGCAGGUCAAACCCACACCUUAACUGAUUGUAACGCUUGACACCAAUUACUCUCAAUUCGAAACCUUUAUAUCAGAUAUAGAGUCUGACAUGGUUUUUUUCUGUUAAUGAUGAUUGUUUGUACAUUUUGUUGACUGAAGAUUUGCCACAAUAGAAUGUUGGGUUGGUUGCCAAGUUUGGUGAAUCAGAUCACAAAAGCUAUUGUUGCAUCUUGCAGAAAUUCAGAUAAUUUAAAUGGGUUUCCAAACUUGUUUCACAAAACACCAGAUUAAGAUGAAAUGAUCUUGAGGCCAAAAGUAACUGCAGCGUAGCUCAACUGCAUAUUUAUAAAUAACCAUGGGAAAGCCUUAGUAAAUCAUUUAUAUGCCUGUUGUUUCUGUCAUUUUCUUGAGUUGAGCGGUUGAUUGUGUUCACUGCCUCGUGUUCUCAGUGUUACUUAUUUAUCCAUCUGCUCCUAUUAAAACAUAGGAUGUGAUGUGUUAUGCCUAUUGAUUUUGAAAAAAUAAAAGAUUUUAUCAUGA